AUCGACAGAAGUGUCUUAAUGAUUUUUCAGUCUACAAAUUGAAAAUGCAAAUGGUAUUCAAACUGUUUAUUUGUGGGCUUUUGAGUACAACUGUAAUACAGGCAUUCCCUCUUGAGCCAGUCACCACAGCAGAUGAAUUAUAUCAGGACAAAGCGAGCAAAUGUGAUAAAAAGUUGUCAUGGUACAGAAAUACGACGGAAAAAAUACAAGAAUUAUUUGAGAAACAUUAUAAUGAGUACAAGAAUUUCAAGAAAACAAAUAAUUUAAAUGAGGGUAACUUAACGGUUGAGUACAGAGAUUUUGAGGAAAAGGUUACAGAGGCAUUAGAUAGAUACCAUAAAGAUAUAAAGAAACUGUGCUACAUUAGAGAUGAGGCUACUCACAUGGUUUUUUGCGCCAAGGAGAUACAAUGGUUUAGACUGAUGGAUCAAAACUUGACGAAAAUGGCAACGAAUAUUAAGACCAAUGUGUUACAUGUCCUUGACACCGUAGGAGUAUCAAAAGAAACGAGAGAUAAAUUUGACCAGAAUCUCAGCAGGAUUGUCAACUUCCUGUUCAUAAUCGAUAUUGCUAAAAAUUUAUUAUUAGAUGUGAACUCUUUAGCAACCAGAGCUUUGGUAAAAACUGUUCAGGGGAUUCCGCUUCAGAAGUCGAAUCCAUUAGAAACGAAUGAUCAACCAGUGGAAGAGGCCAAAGAAAUAGACGAAGAAUACAGAGAGGUUUUGGAAGACACCGAAGAAGACAGAAUGUUGAAUGACGAUGUCGCCAAUCUUGAGGAUGAUACAAGAAUACACGCUGCUGAAGAGCGGAUAAAAAUGGAAGAAGAGAGCGAGCAAUUAAAAGAUGCUGAAGAACGUGAAAUCGAAGCUGAAGGUGCUGCUGAGUCCGAGGCUGCCGAAGACCUUUUUGAUUUUGAAAUACCGGCAGUAAUUCGAGCUUAAGAAUGAUAACGUAAAACACUCAACUGUUAUAAUAGCUCAUAUACAGUGGAUUUUAAUGUGAAAAGAAAACGGAUAAUAAAUAUAUCAAUAAAAAUUA